AUGGAUACCCCAAGCACUCCAACUGCCGCCUCAACCUCAGCCACCAAACCCAUCACACCAUCCCAAAUUCCGCUCCCCUCCACCCCAACUGUAAUCUCCACCCCAACACCGAAACCCGCCACCGAUAUCCCGCUCCCAGAAACACCCAUCCCGGAUCCAAAAUCCUCUAUCGCUAUUGAAAAUUUGAAACUCGCGGUGAAGAUUCCUCUCUUGGAGACAUCUACGGCGGUCGCCGCUGCGACUUCGGAGAGGAGGAUGGAUGAUGGGUGUGUGAUUUUUUCUGGGGUUUCUGAUGAAGUCUCCAGCAAUCUCACCUCCCACAAUCCAGGCAAACCUCCAAACAAACCCACCCCAUCAAUCCUCCAACACUACACGCCCACCCCUGAAAUCUCGCCUCUAAAACUCGAUCCCGCCUCCUCUUGUUCUCAAUCUCAAACACAAUCUCCUCCUUCGAAUUCCUCGACAUCUUUGAUACCCCGAGCUGGAACUCUUGACUUAGACGAGAUUCCUUUACUAGCAAAGACCAAGGGGGAGGAUGAGUAG